AAAAGAAAAUUAGAGAGAUCUUUGGUGUAAAUUUAAAGAUAAUAAACUGCGCUGCGGCUCCAUUGAGCGAUCAUGUUGUGGAAUUUUUAAGAAUCGCUAUUGGUGUUUUUUAUACUCAAGGAUAUGGUCAAACAGAAUCUGCAGGAGCUGGAACAAGAAAUAUUAUUGGUGACCACUUAACAUCUCAUAUAGGAACACCAUCACCAUGUCUUGAAAUAAAGCUUAUAGAUGUUCCAUCCUUAAAUUAUUACAGCACUGAUAAACCAAAUCCAAGAGGCGAAAUUUGUUUUAGAGGUGCUGCAGUUAUGCGAGGCUAUUUCAAAGAUGAAAAAAAGACAAAGGAAACUAUAGAUGAGGAAGGAUGGCUACAUACCGGAGAUGUGGGAGAGAUUGAUCAUCGUGGAUGUUUUAAAAUUAUCGAUAGAGUUAAAAAUAUAUUUAAGCUAGCUCAAGGUGAAUAUAUUGCCCCUGAAAAA